AUGGAUAAUCAAACGAAUCCAAAUAUUUGUUCAAUACUAUUAAAAGAUCUUCGAUGUUCCAUUGAAAACGAAAAGGUGGAAAAGACAUUUCAAAAGUUAUUAAAAAAAACAUUUACAAAAGAAUCCAACAAGAUACAGUUAGAAUUUAAGUAUAACAACGAACAAACACGAACGAUUCUAUCCCCUGCUAGAAUGUCAAAUUCUAAUACGAUAACGGAAGCAUCAUGGGAUGAACAUAUUCAUUUUAAUCUUGAUACAUUAAAUCCUUCCGGAAGUAAUAAAUUGGUUAUAACAUGUUGGGAUGCAUCUAUUAAACCUGAUGGACGUUUAGGAGAAAUAGCUUGGAAUUUAGCAAAUUUUGAGAAAUCGGACGAAUUUGAUAGUAAAAUUAACUUAAAACUUCGAAGUGAAGACUCAAAGCCAAAGGUUGAAGUGGAGUUUUAUUUGUAUUUCCUAUCAAACAGACCACCAAUUGAAGAGAUGAAAAAAUUCGAUGAUUUGUCACUUCGUAACAAAAUAAUCGGAAUGCUUUUGAUAGAUAACUUAGAAUACGAGAAUUUGUAUGGAAAUGUCGGGCCGUUAAAAUUCAUUUUACAAGAACAAUCUCGUUCUACGGCAGAAUAUUGGCAAAUAGAUUCACAACAGCAAGAAAAACGAUCAAAAUGGAAACGUCCUAUUGGAAUGUUUUUGGUAGCAAGGCCUGAUAAUUUGGUGAUCCAUUUUAAAACAAAUUCUAAAGGAUUGGCUAAAACUAAAAUAAGUGUUGGACCUUCCGGUGAAAUGGAAUCAAUUUGGCCUAGUUUAAUGAACGGUGGUCCUAUAAGUGUGACAUCUAGACAUAUCUUUGGAAAAGAAAAAGGAAAAUCGGUUCGACCAGAACAUACAAACGAUACAUUGUCUCGUUCUGUAUCACUUGGACCUUCAUCUGUUUCAUCUUUUAAAGAUAACGCUUCGGAUAUUUUCGCAAUUCCACCAACACAAACAAUUCAAAGACAUCAUUCUCUUAAACAUCCAUCAAAUUCAUCUUUUAAAAAUAGUCCUUCAGAACAAUUCGCAAUUUCACCAACACAAACAACUAUAGUUCAAAGACAACAUUCUCUUAAAUAUAAUAAUGAACAAAAACAAAAUGAGCGAAAUAAUAAGUAUCUAUUCAAACAUCGAAAUUCUCUUCCAUAUAAUUUUAAUAGAGAUAACAUAUCAAACAAUAAUCAACAAUAUAUGAACCAGCAUCAUAAAUCUAUCAUCUCACAAGUAAUUAACAAUAAUCAAACUAAGUUUCAAUCCGGAAAUUUACAUGAAAGAAGAGAUUCAAAUUCUUCCAGUGAGACUUCUAAAUCUUCAAAGAAAAAAAUCGAUGAUAAACGUCAACAAAUAAGAAAUGAUAAAUCAUCUAUAAAUAUUCAUUUUCAACAAGAUAGAGAAAUGCAAGACUAUGCCAAUAAUAGCGCUUAUCGACCCACAAAAGAAGUUAAUAUCAAUUCUGGGAAUAAAAUAGCAACAUAUGAAAAUGUUAAUGAAACAAGACAAGAUUUAUCAUUUUCAUCAGAUAAAAAAACUCAACCAUUAACAAUUCCAUAUAAUAAAAAUAUACCAAGUAAUAUAGAGCAUCAUAUCAAAAUUGGAAAUUCUCCGCCUGUUAAUGUGGGAUUUCAAGAUUGUGAGCAUAGAGAAAUUCCUUUAGAACGAAACAUGUAUAUUCAACAGAAUUUUCAACAACAUAUGCCUCAAAAUAUUCCAUUUGGGUUUAACACCACCACAUUUCACAACGACAAUACACAACUUAUAUUUAAUAGGUAUGAAAUAAUCUCUCCGUUGCAAAGAGCAACAUCUUCACAUAAUAAAGUAUACCUUGGUCAACAUACAUUUACCAUGGAUCAGGUUAUAAUUAAACAAUAUAAAUUUCAUUCAAGAUGGGAGAAUGAGAGGCGAUUUUUAAAAGAACUCAAGUCGAAACUAAUCGUAAAGUUGGAAGAAGUAAGUAUAAAUCCAACCAACGAACAAGAAUGUUUAAUUGUUACAAAGUUUUAUGGAAAACCUUUGGAUGAAGUAGCAGGAGAUAUAUAUGACAAUAAGGAAUAUAUAAAAAAGGUAUUUUGGAACAUUUGUAUAGCUGUGGAUUGGUGUCAUAAGAAUGGAGUAGUGCACAUGGAUUUGAACCCAUCUAAUAUUAUAUGCAAAGAUAGAUGUAUUCAUAGGAUACGAUUAUAUGUUUUUAGCUUAGGUUGUAUAUUAUACUAUUUGAAUACAAAAAAUUUACUAUUUACAACUGAAAAAGAAUUGGAACAUUUAAGUUUAACCAAAAUUUCUGAAAGCAUUGAAGAUGAACGAGUUUCUAUUUUGGUCAAGUGGUUGGUAGCUGAAACUGGCAACGAAAGACCUAAAACUACACAAGUACUAAAAAAUUCAUUCUUUGAUUCAAUAAGAAUAUAA